AUGUCGGACAGCGGCAACUACGUUCCCCUGGUCCCUUAUAAUGGGACCACGGCUACCGGUGGGGAUUCUUACAAUGACGAUCUCAACCUCUUCUACAAUGCCGGUGACAUUGCAUGGAUCAUUACUUCCACUGCUCUCGUCUUGCUCAUGAUUCCCGGUGUUGGUUUCUUCUACUCCGGUUUGGCUCGUCGUAAAUCAGCCCUCUCCCUGAUCUGGCUAUCCAUUAUGUCCGUCGGUGUCAUCUCCUUCCAAUGGUUCUUCUGGGGCUAUUCCCUCGCCUUCUCUCACUCUGCCGGCAAGUACAUCGGAGACUUGAGCAACUUUGGUUUCAAGGAUGUCUUGGGUGCUCCCUCUGUUGGUAGCGCCAAGAUUCCCGAUCUUUUGUUUGCUAUCUACCAGGGAAUGUUCGCUGCUAUUACUGUUGCGCUUGCUGUUGGCGCUGUCGCUGAGCGUGGCCGCAUGCUUCCUUGUAUCGUCUUCAUGUUCGUCUGGUCCACCGUCAUCUAUGAUCCCAUUGCCUGCUGGACCUGGAACCCAUCCGGUUGGGUCUUCCAGCUUGGAGGCCUCGACUUUGCUGGUGGUACUCCCGUGCACAUUUCCUCUGGUGCUGCCGCUCUCGCCUACUCCUUGAUGCUCGGCAAGCGCCGUGGUCACGGUACUCACGAACUCAACUACCGCCCUCACAAUGUCACCCACGUUGUCAUCGGUACCGUCUUCCUCUGGGUCGGAUGGUUUGGAUUCAACGCGGGUUCUGCCUUGAGUGCUAACCUCCGCGCCGUCAUGGCCGCCGUUGUCACCAACUUGGCUGCUUCCGUUGGAGGUGUCACCUGGUGUCUCCUCGACUACAGACUCGAGAAGAAGUGGUCCACCGUCGGUUUCUGCUCCGGUGUCAUUGCUGGUCUCGUUGCCAUUACUCCUGCGUCUGGUUUCGUCCCAGCCUGGUCCGCUGUUGUCUUCGGUGUUGUCGGUGCUGCUGCUUGCAACUACGGUACCAAGCUCAAGUACGUCAUGGGCAUUGACGAUGCUCUUGAUAUUUAUGCUGUCCACGGUAUUGGUGGUAUUGUCGGAAACCUCCUUACUGGCAUCUUCGCUGCUAACUACAUUGCUCACCUUGACGGCGCUACCAAAAUUCCUGGAGGAUGGCUCAACAAGAACUACAUCCAGCUUGCUUACCAGUUGGCCGACUCCGUCAGUGGUCUUGCGUACUCCUUCUUCGGCUCUUGCAUCAUUCUCCUCAUCAUCAAUUUCAUUCCCGGUCUUAGCCUUCGAUCAACCGAGGAGGAUGAGAUCAUGGGCAUUGACGAUGCCGAGAUUGGAGAGUUUGCUUAUGAUUACGUUGAGAUCACUCGCGAUGUGAUUGGAGCCACUGAGGGAAGCUCUGUUCCCGUCAGCAAGGUCAACUCCAUUGACCGAACUGUUGAAGAAUCCAAGGUUUAA